AUGAAAGAUCUCAGAAGGUAUCUGGUGUUCAAAUAUCUCCAGUAUCUCAUCUUGCCAUUUCCCAAUGUCGUCAUCAGCUUGCUGGGCCUGUGUGCCAGUUCGUAUGUCACGCUGCUCCUGAUGUCUCCCAACAUUUCCAGGAAAUCCACAGUGGUAUUUAUUCAGAAUGUGGCCCGGGCAGACAUCCUGGUGGGGUUUAGUGUGUUUGCCAUGAUCCAAGAUGCCUCCCAGGGUGAAAGAUCGUCAUGCUCUUUUCAGACAGCCCUGUGGCAAAACUUCCAGACUGCAAAUGCCCACAUCAGCUCCCUUUUGCUCAGCUGUGUAAGUCUGGAGGCCUUUCUGAUCACAUUCCUUCCAGCUGAGACCCGCCAUGUAAGAACCGUCAGAUCUGCUAGGGUGGCUUCUAAGUUCAUCUGGACUUCUGUCAUUGUUGAGUGUAUCAUUUAUCAGCUGGAGUGCUUAAAGGACCUCAACAUCACUUCUCUGGGUGCACCCAAGUACACGUUGGUGCUGCUUAACUUCUGCAAUGGAGCAGCAGCCCUGAUGAGGUGGUUCAUUUAUCCCAUCGGUUUACUCUUACGAAUCAUCAACGUCUAUCUCUUUUAUAAGAUAUUCUUCAGCAGGUCGCCUUGAAGUGAUUCAAAAAGGAGAUGCUCAGUGACUGGACAGAGGA